CUGUGUUUACUUCGCAAUGGCGGUGGAACCGUGAUCUGAAGAGAUUGAGAUAUUUAUGCAGCUAAGCUACGCAGGUUUACAUCGUAAUUAUGUGAAAAGAUAAUACACUGGACAAAUAGGAAAAUCUAUCAACCAAUCAUGGCCACUCAUUUUGCUUGUCAGCCUACUGAGCCACUUGCUCACAAAUACCCUCUUGUACAGAAGGUGGAAAAAUCACAUGGAGCAGUAUCGAGAUAUGAAGUCUUAUAUUUGGAAGACAAAAUGCACACAAGGUUUCCUCCCCCAGGUUGGGACACAUCACAGAGCUCUGAAGAGUCCAUCCCUCUCUGUCAAGCACCUGCACCAUGGAAUGAAAUUAGGAAUUUGAUUGGUCCAGAUCCUGCUCUCUGUAUCUCACCAGACAAAAGUUUGUCCAAUCAAAAACAAAGACACAACAAGCCCAUGUACCCCAUUCCAAAGCAACAUAUGCCAGAACAAUUGAUUGGCCCAGACCCAGACUUGUGUAUAACUCCAGAAAAACCUUCAGGUGGUGUUCAGAAGAGUAAUUUAAAACAAGACAACGAAGAUUAUUUGAAAGCCAAAAAUCAGCACAGGGUCCGAUUUGAAUUAGAAAACAGUCUUAAUGAUUCAGAUAAAGAAAAUUUGAAUGAUAGUGUAGGAAAAUCUAGUGGAUCUGGCAAAACAUACAAACCAUCUGCUUAUGGGGGAAGUGAAGAGUAUGUUGAUGGAAUUUCAGAAGUUCCUGAAAAAACAUCUACAGUAUCUUCCAACAAACCUAGACAAUACGCCAUCCGACAGGAGGAUCAACAGACUGUUUACGUACCUUUACCAUAUCAAACGAACACGGACAAAGUGCAAAUCGAUAAAAGUGCUGAAACAUACUAUUCGGUCUUACCAACAGUGUUGCCAAAAUCAGAAAAUGAUAUCGGGAAAGAAAUUGUUGUAAAAACAACCAAACCGUCAAAAAAGAAUUCAAAAAAUGUUUUAAGUGAAACUUCAAAACGAACAGCAGCCAACACUGGCCAAAAUUUAAAGCAGACUGUCAUAGCUCCAGAAGUUAAACAUAUCGCAACAGUGCCGAAGAGGAAAGUGAGGGUCACACGAGAGUCGAAGGAUCAGUUCUCGAAUGACUACAAGUUUCCGUUUUCUGAAGAAGGUGAGACAGCUUUAGAAUAUGAACAUGUUUUUACGAGGCCAGAGUAUAACAGUACUCUUAGGAUGAAAACAGAACUGGAACAUAUCAGAGGUUGUGAAGUCGAUGUGGAAAAGGCACUCGAACGUAAACUCCAGACAUCAAACAAAAAACAGACAGAAAUCAGGGAAAAGGCUGCAUCCCGCGUAAACCAAGCUGAUGAGGAGUUUGCAGGCCUUGUAUCACUACAUAUUCCCGUAGACAACUUACGCUCCCAGGUGGAGAAGGAAAAAACCAGCAGGGUGAAAUCAAGUCAAGUUGUCAAGUCACAGGUAUACAAGGACAGGAAGGAACCAGAUUUGAUGGAACUCUUCACACCCGACCUCCAAAAGGAAUAUCCAGAGUUGUCUGUCCCUGGAUUGUCCACGCCGACUGAAUCUCUAUCCACAGCAUCACAGCGCAGUGCUUUUGACUUGUAUAGACACAAUAGGGUUUGGGAAGGAACAAGUAACUUCAGAGGAAGCAGCAAAUAGUUAUUAUAAAAUGUAUUGUAGAUCUGUUGUUUGUUUCCAGGCUAGCUCAGAUGUCAACGACCUAUAAGAAACUGUUGACUCAUUCACCCCUGAAAACACAUUUGAAAUCUUCCAAUUCAAAGGUUGGAAUAGUUCACUAUGAAAUUUGAGGGGUGAAUGAGUUAAUGACUUACAUCACUCUUGGGCAUAUCUGAUAGUGCUUCAUCUGUUUAGAAAACUAGGUUUCCAGAUCGUGAAACACUGAAUCACACAAAUGUCAUUUAGGUGCAUGGAUAUAUGUAAUCUAAACAAAUUGUUAGUUUUAACUUUUGUCUUCGUUUAUGGGGCCACUGAUAUCGUUUCAGUGUUUUUGUGGUUGGUGAUUGGUCUGUAUUUUGUCCAAAUCAGUUCAUUUUUGGCAACCUGUUAAAAUAGUUUUGAACACCUUACAGCGAUUUGAAUGACGUUAACAUGUAUAUUGACAUAACAAAUCUGCUUACUAGUAUGUUACGGAUCCCUGUGCCACUACCAAAAACUACAACUAGGAACUGAAAAUUGUUUUCCCAGCUCGACAAUUGAUAAUUUCUAAAAGGUAAUUAAUACCUUGUUAGACUUAUAAAAAAAUAAACAGCAUUACAACAGGCUUCUACCGGAAUUUUACUUUGAAAAUCAAUGUUAUAUUGGGUCUUUUACAGACCUUUUCCAGCAAAAUCAAAGACUAAAAUCUCCAGCGAUUUGCAAAUUCUCAAAAUACAGAGAUCUAGAUGUGUAACCUGAAUCUUUCUAAACUCACCAUAUAAAUACCAGACAACCCUAUAAUUUAACACAGGUCAGUAGUACUACAUAUAUACUAUAAAUUGAGUCAUAACAAAAAUAAUAUUUGUUGUAUAUUUUGAAUUCAUUUUUAUGACAAUGAUACAAUCAUACUUUAAUGACCAUUUUGUCACAUGUGCCUCAUUUCAACCCAUUCUAGACAUCUUUUGUUAAAUUUUGGAGCUUUUAGGGUCUCCCAUCAAUUUUGGGCUUUUAGAGUCUCCCAUCAAUUUUUGGGGCUUUUAGGGUCUCCCAUCAAUUUUGGGGCUUUUCAAGGCCAAACCUUUGUUAUUAGGCUUUUCCAAGGCCUGUAUGAACUGUGUACCAGUUAACUAAUAUUGUUCUUAGAGUAAGAGAUUUAAUGGCACCAGAAAGGAAUGAAUCCGGGCCCUUCAAUCGCUGUACGGUUGUUAUAACCAAUUGUGCUAACUGAUCAUUGAAAGUCGUCUUGCCCAGACCUUCUUCAUCUAUUUCUCAAGCCACACUGUAAUGUUUAUACCGGUAAUGUCCUUUGAUAUUUUCAUUAACUUUAAUUCAGCUUGUCAGAAUUUGAAGAUCAGGUCUUCUCUAAAUAGUUAAAUUUAUAUGUAUCCAUUUUAUAACUGUAUGUAUUUAAAGUAGGCUAACAACUUAAGUUAUGAGUAGACAGAGGAAGAAAAUAUUUAAAAUGCAUCCAUACUUGUGAUUGUGUUUAAAUGAUAUUAUUAAAA